AGACACUCCGCCUCAGCCAAUCAGAAGAGCGCUUACUGGUCGCGAGCAGCAACGGACACGCGUUUCAACAGGACGCACAGGCAUCGAAACAUUAGAGGCUUUAAAAUGAUGAAUUUGGGUGAUGGCCUGUUGUUUGAGCUGGACAAUGGCAAGCCCAGGCUUGUGCUGGCUAAAUAUGGUGCUGAAUCAAAGUCUUUUAAUAAGAAGUGCUCUUGUCGGAUUCCUCCAAGAAAAACAACACACAAAAUCAUCAACCCCAAACAAGGUCCUCCUCAACCAGACAGAGCCGAACAGGAGAAAAGAAGCAAAAACACACCAGCUGUUAGUUCUGUUGGGCAGAAUAUCACACAGGGACCCAGAAUGACCAACGCCAAGCGCAGGCCGGAAAGCACGUCCAGCGAGGCUGUGAGAGUCCAGUCAGACAGCAGCAGGAAUGAUUCUUGCAUAGUCACCCGGCAGAGCGAGAGUGUGGUGUGUCUGACACAGGAGCAGUUUCAGCAGAUACUGAGCACCAUCAGCAGCUCAUCCGCUGCUAAUGCACAGCCUGAUCCCAACACACACACCCACACAGCAGAGCCUGUGGCCAGCUCAGAGGAAAACUGUCCCGGAAGUACAGGAACAGCUGAAGAGUUGAUCCUGGACGACCAUAAUUACAGACACAGAGCGUCACAAGUAAAGACAGACAGACAGCCUCUGUCAGAUGAGCAGCAGUCAGGAUUGUUCAGCACAUUUGGAGAAAGGGAAAGAGAGAGAGACAAACUGGAAGCCAGAAAAGCUCAGUGGAGGAGAGAGCUGGAUGAGCAGAUGGCUCUAAAGAGGCAGCAGAAAGCCAGUCUCAAAGAUACGAAAGCUCACAGUGAAUCAUGUGAAGUGAGGCUGAAAGACCUGCCUGACACAGACGGACCGAGCACACGAGCCGCUGUAGGAGCGGAGAGCUCAAACCGCAGAGCUCCAGCUCAGACACAGCGAGAGCCUCCUGCUGCCAUCCGCUCUGGCUUUAUAGUGGGGGAAGCAGCUCCUGUGGAGGACUUGUUCAGUGCUCAGAGACAGGAGCAGCAGAGACACUGGUUACAGGAACUGGACAAGCAGAGAGAGGAGGACAAACUACGCCGACAACACGACAAAGAGAUCAGCAGCCAGGCUGAGGACAGCGAGCGGUGGGCCGUUCACUUUGACUCUCUUCAUCAGCCCUCAGCUGUGGGCCCCGAGCGAGGGGUGCCUGACACCAGCAGCUGUCUGUCUCCUCAUGGGUCCGUCUCUGGAGCUCUGUCCACUGCAUGGGCCGGCUCGAGUGCGUUCGGAGGGGACCGUCUGAGCAGGGCCAGUGUUGACACCACUCAGGGAAACCAACAGAGAUCCAGUUAUCUUCGCACAAUGACAGCCUUGCUGGACCCUGCUCAGAUCGAGGAGCGAGAACGCAGAAAACUCAAACAGCUGGAGCACCAGCGAGCAAUUGAGGCUCAAGUAGAGGAGCGCAGACGUCAGAAAGAGAAAGAGGAGGCCGAACGGAGAGCACAGGAACAAGAAGAGGAGAGGAGGCUUGAAAGAGAGAGACAGCGACUCCAGCAGCAGUAUAUGAAGGACUCGGAGCGACAGAGACACAGAGAGGAGGUGCAGUCUCGUAAAACGGAGGAGCUGUAUCUGAGCACUCAAAGAGCCCAAGAGGAGGCCUGUAAAGACAAACACAUCCAGAGAAUCAGAGACCUGGCCAAGAAAGGCCACGAUGUGUCCAAACUACUGCACAGCCUGGAAGCAGACUCCGUCUCACAUGCCCUUAGUGGUGAAGAUGUCCCUGCUCCAUCAGCCAUGCUGCAGAGUCAAACCCAGAGAAUGACACCUCCUUCCACAACAUCUCCAAGAGAAGACACCGCUGUUCAGACAGAGAUGAGUGCUCCGCCUGUGAAUGAGACCGUUAGAGAUGCGGACAAACAAUCUCCCAGAGCUGCAGGAACAUGCACAGCUCCUCCAAACACUCUAAAGGGCAAGAAAUCCCAUCAAGGUGAGGUUAAAGCAUCUGAAGAGAGCCACAGCAGAGAGCAUAUGUGUGCUGCACUGAAAGAAGUCAGAGCGGACCCUUAUGAACCUUACGCACGGAGUGCUGAAAGCAGCGUGACGUCUCCUCCCGUUCCUGCAGUAAAGACCCGUGUGCAUCAGCCAUCACAACAGUGCUCUCACCAAAUGACGGAGGAGACGGGGCGCCUGCUGGUAUCAGACUAUGUGCCGAACAUGCGCACAGACGAGGUGUAUCACAUGGACCCCCUCGCUCCACUCUCCAGACCCUCGACACAUGAAGCCCAGCAGAGAGACACAGUUGUGAGCGGCUGCAGGCAGGUCCAGCAUCCUCCUCAAAGCACUGAACGGCAGCAGGCCAUCCUGAAGGGUCUGUCCGAGCGGAGACAGGGUCUGCUGCAGAGACAAAGAGAGCUCGAAACCAGUCUAAACCCUGCACUGCAAACACAACACAGGAACUACUUCUCUCCUUUUAGACCCGUGUGAUCCAGAGCUGCUUCUAAAAACAAGACCAAACCUGGUCCAGCACUUUAUACUGUAAGAGGUGAAUGCAGCUAUAAACGGAGAUGUUGCUGUCUGACAUUUGAAUUAAACGAAUGGAGUAUCUGUUAGACACUCUUAUCAAGGACUCACUGUAGAUGUGUAACUGCAAAUCUUGAAUGUGACGUAUGAAUGACUAGAUUUUAUGGCUUGAAUGUGAAUUUUACAGUUUUCCCUACAUGUGAAUUAAAUGUAUUUAAACGCUUUUAAAUUAAA